AAUGUUUUAUUUUCACUUGUUUGGGUGCUCCAAUCCAACAUGGAUGUUUGUAUAAUUCCAUUGAUGAAACGUCAUCAAGUAUCUCCGUAUUCUUCAGAUAAUGAAACCAAUUGAACCGAACAUUUGUUAGCUACUUGUUGCUUACAACAAAGUAUGUGAAUUCCAGCACCGCCUAAUAAUUUUAGGAAUUGGUCCUAACCACAAACUAGUAAUUUUUUGGGUCGUACCCUGCACAAUGAUAAACCUCUGGUUGUGAUUAUUCUCCUAAGGAGAAAGAAAUUUGUUCCGGACCAGCUAAAGUUUAUCAUGCGAAUCAAUUUGGGCUUUAGUUUAAUUCUAUAAGUGUUGAACUUGUUGCACAUCUUAGGUAUUGCGCCAAAUUCACCUCAGUCGAUCACAACCACUCAUUCGCAAUUAAACAGUGGGUGCACGAGGAAGAGACGGCAAAAUCAUACGAAUUACACGGGACACUGAGACUUCUACAUCGACUCCGAUGAAUCCCCCAUAGAGGAUUCGACCCACAACUUCAAGGAGAAGAAGACGUAUGAUUAUCAAAGACGAUGAUGAGGGACAUAAUGAUCAGGGGGAGCCUUCUACAGUGCAUGAGGAAGAUGUGGUACAUGAGCAUAUGGUGCACGAGCAGGUGGAUGUACAUGAGCAGGAGGAGGCUGCACCUGCUCAUGAGGGAGAGCAUAUGGAGGAGGAACAUGAUGGAGCUGAGGGACCUGGUGAGCUCACACGGUAUCCUGGAGGACCUUAUGAUUUGUCUGUCCUUACACGAUACCGUUAUCAUGUUUCAGCUAGACUAUGGUUUGGCGAGGAGCGACCAUUGCUGAAAAUUGUUGCGCAUGGGAAGAAAAUGCAACAAUUUACUCCGCCGGUACUUCCGCGACCCAUAGAGAAUUGGGUGAAUUUGUCUGGUCUGAACCCAUUACAACGGGGUAGUUUGAAGAUGAUCGACAACAACUUGAUAUCUGCCUUUGUUGAAAGAUGGCAUUCUGAGACAUCGUCAUUUCAUAUGCCAUUUGGUGAAAUGACGAUUACUUUGGAUGAUGUUGCCAAUCUUCUCGGAUUGCCUAUUAGGGGUGAGUUCUACAGUCCACCCGAUGUAGAUAGAGUAACGGCAUGUAAUGUUGCCGUCCAUCUAUUAGGAGUGACCACGUCAGCACCCUAAUCUUGCCGUCCAUCUAUUAGGAGUGACCACGGAAGAGAUAGAGUAACAGUGCUGGAUUUACGAAUAUUUUCCGAAUAUUUGUAAUAGAGGUGAUCAGGGUGCUGACGUGAAAUGUUUUGCCCGAAUGAAUAGAUGGUGCUAUAAGCAAGGCAAGCAUAAGGUCCACGAAUACAGAAGUAUUAUUGAUGCAUUGACACCUGCAGAUGUUAUAUGGAGACCAUGGGAGAAUCACAGGGGUGUAAUUCCUUUUGAUGAUAUCACACUUUAUACUGGUCACAUUCGAUUAUGCAGCACUGUAGUGAAAUAUCUACCAGAGAGGUGUUUGAGACAAUUCGGAUAUAUCCAGUAUAUUCCUUCACCGCCACUUCCAGAUCCUGCUAGAUUAUUUGAUGUAGAUGUGGAAUGGUUGGGAUAUGUGACGCCAGUGACAGAGCUAUUUCCCAAGCUUCGUCCAGCUACAUAUCCAUCUGAGUGUGAAGAUGGAUAUUUGGAGUGGUUCUAUCAGGUGUCUCAUCCACUGCUGGUGCGACCAGAUGGUGUACCUCAGGUCCCACGUUAUAGUGUACCGCCCACCAGUGCAGAUGCUUCUAGUUCACAGCCGCCACCUAUCCUACAGCAGAUCGGUGAUCUUAUACAGCAGGGGUUGAGUGAACAUCAAGCUAGUCCAGAUGAUGAGUUGUAUAGGCACUUUUAUAAAGCUUUGUAUUUAUCACGUAGUCGCACUAGUUAGUAGUAACACUUUUGUAACUGUUGUUAUGUAGGUUAUUUUAUGAACACUUUUGAUGAA